GCGAAGAAGUUCCGGGGGAAUGGGCCACUGGAGGGCAGUUGGCCGCCCGAGACCGCUAGGACUCUAGGACUGGACCUCAGGGGCUGGUGGCUCAGAGAGCCGCAGGAACCUGGAGAGGAGGGCGGCGGGAGGGGAGUGGGCGGGCAGCCCCUCCCUGGGAUGACGUUCCUCCAGCCCGGGGGCUCCGCAGCAGCUGCUCUGUCGGCUCUCUGCCUCCUUGUCCCUCCCCGCUGGGGCCGAGCGGACGGCGGCGCCUCCCGGAGUUUCCUGUCCCAGAGGCUCUCUCCCGGCUACAGCCGGGAGGGGUUGGGGGUAUAGUCUCCUUCCCCACUUAGAGCGAUGCUGGGCAGCAGAAGGGAGCCGGGCCGGAGUCCUGGGUAGCAAGAGAAAGCGGGAAAGAGGGGAGGGAAGAAAGGUCUGGAGAAGAGGCGAUGGAGCCGGGGCCCGCGGACGCCUGGGACCCGUACCGCCGCCCGGCGCGCCGGACGCAGUGGCUGGUGAGCGCCCUGGCCCAUCACUACCGGCUAGACCGAGGCGUGGAAAAUGAGAUCGUGGUGCUGGCCACUGGUCUGGACCAGUACCUGCAGGAGGUCUUCCACCACCUGGACUGCAAAGGGGACGGCCGCUUGUCCGGGGAGGACUUUCGCGUGCUGUGCAGAGUCCUGGGGCUCCGGCCCGAGGAAGGAUGCAGCGGGGAGAUAGAGGAGGAGGACGAGGAGGAGCGCGCCGCGCUUUGGGACGACCUGGCCCCGGAGCUCACCUUCCGCCAAUUCCACGCUCGCCUCUGUGGCUACUUCAGCACCCGGGCCGGGGCACGGGAGGGCCCCGAGGGGAGCCGGCUGCCGGUGGGCCCCGAGAGUGAGCACAUUGAGACCCAGAUCCGACUGCGCAGCCCUUUGCGCCGGCGCCGGGAGCGACUUGGGGUGUCUGCAGUCCCGGCUGCGUCCGGGCGCACCAGGAGCUCUCCUCCUGCCUCGGCGGUCGCCGGCGCGGGCUCUGUGGGCUGCUCGCGGGAGUGCUACGAGGAGGUGGUGGCUCUGGAGCAGGCGGAGGACCGGGUUGCCAAGCUGGAGGAGGAGAACGCCAGCCUUCGGGAACUUGUGGAGGACAUGAGAGCCGCUCUCCAGAGCAGCGAUGCACGCUGCCUGGCACUGCAGGUGGGACUCUGGAAGAGCCAUGCCAGUAACAAGCAAGAUGGCAGCUGCUUCCCUGGGUCCAGGGUGUCAUCAAGCCAUGGGACCCCCCAGACCACCAAAGGCCUCCAGAGCAUGCUAAAGGAAGUAGAGCUGAUCCGGAGCUCCAGGGAUGGUCAGAUUGAAGAGGCGAUUCAGGUGAAUCAAGAAUUGACCAAGGAGUUGAGGCAGUGCCAGGAAGCCCUGGUGGCCUCUGAGGACUGCAACCGCCAUCUCAAGAAGGAGCAGGCAGAAAUGAGGAAGAAAGUGGAGGAUGCCAGGCAGGCAGUGCUGAGUGGCCUGGGGAAAGUGAGAGAGCUGGAAGCCCAAGCCACCCAAGUCCUGCAUCUCCAGAUGUGCAUCCAACAGCUGGAACUAGAGCUACAGUAUUACAGGUCAGAGAUCAGGAAGCUACCUGCCCCACUGAAUGAUCAGGCAAUGCCCCAAGAAGAUGGAGAGUCAGAAACUGAAAGAACUUCCUCUCCUGAGCAACCAGAUGGAAUCUCUCCCCCUGAGGGGGCAGGAGCUUCAGGAGACAGUAUAAGCUGCAGAGAUGCAGACGAAGGAGAUGAGCAGCUGUUCCGCUCUGUGGAGGGUCAGGCAGCCUCAGAUGAAGAGGAGGAAAAGUGGACCGGGGAGCAGCAGACCCAGGUGGCAGAAGUGAAGAAGCUACUGGCCCGCAUUUCUAGCUGUGGGAAUGGAUGUGAUGACAAAACAGCCAAGAAGCUCAUGUCCUACUUCGGCCACUUUGGCAGUGAUGAACACACCAGUGCCCUGGGGGAACUGGGGGAGCAGAUUGUUACCCUGACAGAGCAGCUGGGAAACAUGGGUCAAGACAUGAAGGUGCUUGACCUCAGUGACCAGGAGGUGAAGGAGCCCCUUCUCAGUGAACUUCAGCAGAAGGCUGAAGAGAGUGAGCUGCUGAAGAUGGAGUUGCAGAUGCUUGAGACUGAGCGAGUUCGGCUCUCCCUGGUGGAAGAAAAGCUUAUGGAUGUCCUCCAGCUUCUCCAGAGGCUUCGGGAUUUGAAUAUAUCAAAAAGAGUCUUGGGGAAAAUGUUGCUGAACACCUUGGAAUCCUGUCAGGACCUCCAACAUGAGAAGGCUCACACCUUUGAAGUCCUAGAUGCCUUGUAUCGGACCCUGGCGAGCUGUGAACUCCUACAGAAACAGCCUUUGGAGCAGACCCAGGCGCCCCAAGCCCUCGCCAACCAGCUCAUCAUCUCCUGUUGAGCAUUGGGGUCCUUCACAGCUCUACAGAGACCUGCCUGCAAACAGGCUCUGCAGUAGAUCUACAGCCAACAUACUUGUUGAAAUACAAGUGGGCCUCCCUGCUGGGCCCACUGCAAAGGAACCCCUUCCCCUUGGACACGUGACUGCCCCUUGGGUUCUCCUACAAAUGAAGUGUUUCAGGGGCCACUGGGACUCCCACUGCUGAUAAAACAAUACCCCCCACCAUCGAGGUUAUACUCUGGAGGACAAGGCUGGGCCCAGACUGGUUGUAGAGGUUGAUGGACCCCCAAGAAUCAUAGGGCCAACACCGGUGUCUAAUCCAGACUUCCCUCAUCAGGGCCAUCCCACCUUUGGGUUGCAUCUCUCCCUUUGACUGAAUGGUGCUUCACAUUGAUCAUUGUCCUCAUGGGCCAUUUCAUAAUUUAUGCUGAUAAAUCUCAGUUUAAACCUGUCAGAUUUUAUCUCAGAUUAAAGCUGUCAGAGCUUUCCCGACAGCCUACAACCCCUUACAACCUCUGGAAGGUGUGGCCUUCCUCCCACCAUAAGAUUCUCUCCUCUUCCAGGUGGGGGUUCCCUCCACUAAAGUCUAUGAAAUCAAGCAACCAUCCAGGCUUUACUGCAACCUAGACAUGUACCCAGAAUUGCCCUGGGCACCACAGGGGAAGAGAAGAACAAAAAUAAGUAACUAAAGAGAUUGGGGAAACUAAAAUUGCUCAAUGGAUAGAGAUCCAGGCCUGGAGAUGGAAAGUCUUGGGGUCAAAUCUGACCACAGACACUUCCCAGCUGUGUGAUCUUGGAUAAGUCAUUUAACCCUAAGAGCCUAGCCCUCACCACACUUCUGCCUUAGAACCAAUACUUAGAAUCAAUUCUAAGACAGAAGAUAAGGGUUGUUUUAAUUUUAAAAUUAUAAUAAAAAGAUUCUCCUGCCCUCAAGAAGUUUACAGGCUGCUUGGAGACAUGACUUCCAGUGAACUAACUGGAGACCAGUUAUGAGCUAAACUGUGUUACCAGCAUCCAGAUGGAUUUCAAAGUAUUAAUAUGGGCUGGAGUAGUCAUGGAAGGCUCCAUGGAGGAGAUAAAAGGUGACUUGACCUCAAAGGAUGAGUAGGAUUUAGCUAAGCAAAAGGAAUAGGAUGGAUGGGAUUACAAGGGGCAUUUAGGUUGAGACAAUUGGCAUGAAGAAAGGCAGGCAGAGACAGCAAGGAGAAUGAUGAGACUAUGGAGAGACCGCCUGACUGGCACAGAAGAUUCAUACAUUAGGAUAUAAAGGUAAGGAAGUAAUGGGGUACUCCUAUGUGGAAGGCCUUGAGUGACAAGCAAAAGAGUUCAAACUUUAUAAAUAAGAAGUAGGGAGUUAUAGCAGUUACAGCAGAUAGUUCAGGGAAAUGUCAUUCUGAAAACAAGUUUCAGGGCGCUUCAUAUAGUGGUGCCAUGCUAGACCCCAGAGCACAGCCAGCAAUCAAAGAGGGAUGCUCUCUCCAGAAGUAACUCCUUCAUAAUCUCUUUAGGAAAGGAGCUCUCUCUACCAUCUUGGGGGAGAGUGGGAAGGCGCCAAAAGCCAGAGCAGCAGGUAUGCUGUGCGGAAGCAAGUUGAGAGCAACCAGACUGCCCAUGACAGGUUUUAUCCAAGCCAAGCCUGGACUGCUCCAAGUGGCCCAAAGUGUCCAGAAGAAGAUGGUACAGAGGAAUCUAAGUCAGGAGAACUGAGUUCGAGUGCUGGAUCUGACAAUGAUAAACUAUGUAAUGAAUAUUUGCUGAGCUUCUCUAGGGUUCUUACUCUGCAUGAGAUCACCCUAAGGAGAAGGCAAGAAGUCCAGACUCCUGUCAUCCAGGACGUUCUAAUCUAUUUAGAGCAGUAAGAUGUAUAGACAUGUUAAAUAUCAAUAUAGAGCAGUCCAUGCUAUGUCCCAAAUGAAGGAGUAUAGAUAAUAAGAGCAGGAGGAGAGAAAGCUCAGUGUGGGGUAAAGAGGUCAGAGGAGGCUUCCUGGAGGAGGUAAGACUUGAGCUUAGCUCUUCCCAGUAGGUAAGAUUCAGAUAAGUAGAGAAAAAAGGUAUUUCAGGUACACAACAAAAAACAUGGGGUGAGAAAGACACAGUGAGGAAACUAGCCUGGCUGGAGGAGAAGGUACAUGUAGGUGGUGGAGUCCUGAGAAGGAGAGAAUUGGAUUCAAUUAUAGGGAAAGCAAGUGCCACUGUAGAAACACAAGAUAAUAGCAUUAUGAUGUUUAUAACCCAAACAUUCUAUAAUGGAAAGAACGCUGGUUCAGGAAUUGAGACCCAAGUUAUAAUCUCAGCUUUGCCCCCUAACAAGCUGUGCCAACUUGGGCAAGUUUUCUAGCCUCUCUGACCUUCCUAACAAAGGGAGUUGGAAUAGUCAAUAUCUAAGGAUCUUUCCAGCUCAAACAUUUCAUAAUUUAAAGAAAUUCCAGAAAGAUCUAGAAAAACUAAAAGAAUACUUUCAGUAUCCCUAGGAGGUACACACAGAGCUUUAAAGGAAGACUUCAGGGAGACAGUAACUGACUGUUCUAUCCUGUUUCUCUUCCUCUCCCUCUUCCCCUCUCCCCCUCUCUCCCUCUCCCCCCUCUCUCUGUGUCUCCCUCCCUCCAAAGGGGAGAAUUAGCACCAAUUCUUACAUGUUGAAUUUAGUUGAUUUUAAAUUAACUCAAAAGUGUCCUCCAAACACUCCAAGCCAUGGCUGGUCCUCCUCUUGUGGUCCCCUCUCUUCACACCCAUAUGCCCUCAGCUAUUCACUCAGUGGUCCUGGAAGUAACUGAACUGAGCUCUGCAGUUCCAUCAGAAGAAUCCAUGGUCAGUCGUACCCUGCCCUUGAGGUUUGAGCAAAGCCCCAUGUUACCAUAUGGAUGUGUCAGGAAGAGAGAAGAGCAUAUUUGAGGCUGGAUUAGAUUGAGCUUCUCAGUGAAGAGAGAACCCAGAGAACUCUAAUCUAGCUUUUGGAAAGUCAGAAUCCUAGAUUGGAUCCAGGAAUCCAUAUCAAGUUGGGGUCCCUAUAGGUUUGAUCAUGAGAAUUUUGAUGAGCUUGAAAGAUGGGGAACUCCCUAAAGAGGUGCUACACAUGGCCCUUGACAUUUCCUGGUUAGUGGAAGUCCAAGUAGAAAUUGCCUCGAGGCAGCCCCCAAGAUGAAUCAUUUGCUUUUGGGGUUAUCAGAUGUGUGGAGGGAUCAAGCCUUCCUUCAUCAGUGAAAUAGACUAUACCUAUGUAAUAAUACAAGGGAACCCAAAGUUCAGUUCAAUCCAAGCCAACAAAUGUUAAGUGGAGCACUGUUUUAGGCAUGAGGAUGGGGGAGAAACAAAGGCAAAGUUUCAGGGUGGAAUUUCUAGCAGGAGUACAUCAAGAAAGACCUUUAAUUUGGAGCAUUUGGAGAAAGCAAGAGAGACAGAGAUGAAUUCUGAAUGAGAUGGAGCAGAUAAGAAUUCCCAAAGAAUUUGUUAGGAACCCCCACAUACUCACCUGUACAUAUCUAUACAGCAGCUAAAAAUAACUUAUUUUAGUACUUUCAAGACUUUGAGAUGGUAUAGUAACAUCAAAACAUAGACCCUGGCAUCAGAAGACCUGGAUUCAAAUCCCAUUUCCAAUGCCAUUUGUAUAACUUUGAUCAAAUCACCUAACUUCCCUGGACCUCAGUUUCCUCAUUUGUAAAACAAACAGGAUUGAUCCUGACAGAAAGGUGAUUGACUCAAGACAGAAAAUGAGACAAAUGUUUUUGGGCACAGCCAGUGUGCUCAUUUGUUUUGCAUGACUGUAUAUAUUUGUUCCAAGGGUUGUUUUUUUCCUUUUUCCAAUGGGAGAGGGAGGGAGGUGAGAGGGAGAAAAAAAAGGGAUGAUUUCUCAUUGAGAAAUGUAAACUUUUUUUUUAAAUGAGAGGGUUGGACUUUGAGUCUUUGAGCUCCUUUCCAACUUUAAAUCUAUGGCCCCAUGAUCCAAUUAAUAAAGACUUAUUAUAAAGUCUCUACUCUGUGUUAGGCAUGAUGCUAAGGCUACAAAGACAAGGGCUUCCUUGCCCUCAAAGACCUUAAAUUCUACUGGCAUAGACACCCUCUCCAUUGAUGCAAUUUAUAAUCCCUUUACACUUUAGUAGAUGGUUUCAUGAGUUAUGACCAAAAUCUUCAUCUGCAAGUCAAUCAAUAAAUCAAUGAGUAUUUAUUAAGUUUCAA